GAUCAUACCUGUUUAUUCACUUCUACAAAGAUGAAGACGUGGACUCUCGCACUUAUCCUUAUACUGUUCAUAGUUACAGUUUCAGCCCUCAGCAAAAUCAGGCAGAAGAGAACAUGGAUCAUCGACUCUUUUACUAUAGAAGAAGAAAGCCCUGGCCCAUUCCCAUAUCCACUUGGCGUUAUUAGUGUGGAUAAGAAAUAUUUAGUAAAUUUCGUACUCAGCGGCAGUGGUGUUGACCUAGAACCCAAAGGUGUCCUGAGUAUCAAUAGCAAAACUGGUCAAGUUCUUGUGCAUAAAAAAGUCGACCAUGAGGCCUUUCCUGUUCUCAGGCUCAAGUUUGAAGCAAUGAAUGUCUCUAAUAACAAGGUAGACACAAGGCUCGGUGUUGAAGUCAAGGUCCAAGAUAUUAAUGACCACGCCCCUGUUUUCAAACCUCCUAAUUAUGAAACAAGAAUCAACGAAUCUGAACCUCAAGGUAAAUUGGUUCUGAGAGUCUUUGCAUCAGAUGGUGAUGAUAUGAACACCCCCAAUGGCACCUUCCGGUUCAGACUCGUCUCAGCCAAUCCAAAAACUGAUAAUGUUGAAUUUUAUAUGACUCAGAACGAGAAUAUAGGGAGUAUUUAUUUUAAAGGCUGCUUGGACUAUGAGAAAGCACAAAAAUACACUCUCCUGAUAGAAGCCAAAGAUAAUGGGGAAAAAGUGCAGUUGUCCAGCACGAGCACUGUGACUGUAAACAUAGCUGACCAUAACAAUCACCUCCCUGAAAUCACUGGUCAUACCGGUCCUGGAAAGGUAAAAGAACGAGAGAGUGGAGUGGAUGUUUUGCGUUUGCAGGUGAUGGACAAAGACACACGAGGUUCACCAGCGUGGAAAGCAAAAUUCACUCUUCAUGGAGAUCCAGAGAACUAUUUUAAAAUCCAAACAGACCCCAAAACUAAUGAAGGAAUCCUGACUAUUGUUAAGGCAAUGGAUUAUGAGGAACAAACUUCAAGAAAUGUGUCGAUCAGUGUGGAAAAUGAGGUCCCCUACUUCUUCUGUAAAGUAAACAAGCCUACUUCACAGGGUUUAUGGGAUGUAGAGUCUUUCACUGAAAGUUCCAGCAAGGAUGCAGCUAAACUAACUAGGCUUUACCCAGUCGCCAUCGCUGUUGAGGACAUCAAUGAUCCACCAGAAUUUGUACCAGCUAUUAAAGAAAUAGUAAUCAUGGAGAAUACAAAAGUAGGAACCCUCUUGGACACCCUUACAGCCAAAGACCCGGAUAAGUCAUUUGGAAGCUCAUUUCAUUAUGUUAAAGGAGAAGACAAAAAUAACUGGGUGAAUGUAGAUCCAAAGACUGGCCAGGUUUCUGUGGCAAAGGUUAUGGACAGAGAAUCACCACUUGUGAUAAACAGUACCUACAGUGUCAUAGUCUAUGUUGUGGACAAUGCUCAACCUCCACUGACAGGGACAGGGACAGUGAUCCUCCACCUAGGAGAUCAGAAUGAUAAUAUGCCAAUAUUAAAGAUGAACAAAGUGAAUGUUUGUUUAUCAGACGAGGAAACCAUGACUAACAUUACAGCUGUGGAUCUGGAUCUUCCACCAUACAGCGCACCAUUCCACUAUGAGCUCCUGGGAGAUGUCAAGGAAAAAUGGAGGCUUGAACCGAACCAUGGAACAACUGUAAAUCUAGUGAGAGAGAAGAACGUCUAUUCAGGCUAUUAUGAGUUUCAAGUCAAAAUAUCAGACAACCAGGGCUUUGGUUCUGUUCAAAACCUGUCCGUCACUGUCUGCGACUGCACCAUCACAUCCAACUGCAAUGUUCGCAGAGCUGUGACAGCACAGCCGAGCCUUAGUGCUAUUGGGAUCAUAAUCUUCGCUUUGUUCUUACUGCUAGCGUUGCUUCUGAUGGCUCUUCUGCUCUCCUGCAAAGAAAAGAAAACUAUGAUCCCAAGUGAUGAGACUCCUGACUGGUAUCUUAUUAAUUCCAACAUUGAGACACCUGGCACAGACUGCAAGAUGCCACCCAAAAUACCCCAACUGGACAUGAGCGAGAACGUUUUGAAUACAACCAAACCUCUAGGUGCUCAAAAUGUGAUUUCAACACAGGAGUCAUUGCUUCAAAAUGGUUUUGAAUCAGGCAUUGAACAACAAAUGAUUAGGAGAUCUUUAAGACGGAGUUCAACAAGACAUUCUUAUCGGCAGAUCAAGAAUUAUGAUGUGAUGGACUCGAUGAGCAGAAACUUAUCUAUUAACUACUCAGAAGACCUUCAUAUGAGACAAGCAUUGUUAAUUCAGCUUAAUAAGAGCCUCUUUCAACUCCAGACUCCAAAAAUGGAGCUUAGUGAUCAUGAACCGUACUGCUAUGCAGAUGAAGGAGAACCCGAGACAUGCCAAAACCUUGAUACCAUCUCCAUUCCUGAAAUGGACUUUCAUCCAGACAUCAUUACGAAUUUAGAUUUCCAGUUCAACAAACUGGCAGCUAUAUGCCGACCUGAUCUAAUGUCAGAGUUAGAGUAAAAAUGUAAACACUAUUCAUUAGUAAAAAGGGUUUGCUUACUCUCUGAGGGCAGCUUAUGGUUUGUGUUGUAUGCUUGCAUGAUACUGGAAUAUCCUAACUUAGCAUGUCUCCCUCGUAGAUGGAGGGAAGGAUGGAUGUACAACGUGAUGGUGUUUUUAAAUUAGGAUGUAUAAAAUGAGUUUUCUUCAUGCCAAAUUAACCUAAGCAUUAACCUAAAACAUUAAUCCCAUGGAUUCAGGAACCCUGAAAAAGUUGCCAACAAGAUGAGUUGUUGCCUAGUGAUCAUCAAAAUAUUUUUCUUUUUUUCAAGCUGGGGUUUUUGGGUGUCAGUUGCGCAAAAAAAGUGUGUAGAGUUUCAUAUUUUCUUACUGUGUCCAUGGCAAAUUCUUCCAUGCUCUCUGGUUUAGUUUCACCUUGUAAAACUUAAUAUGGCGUAGAUACAACUUUGCUCCCAGUUUGUGUGUGUGUGUGUGUGUGUGUGUGUG